AUGGAACCUUCUGCACAGCUGGGUUUCAGCCUGCAGCCCCUCUUGGAGCAGCUCAGCCAGGAUGAGCUGAGCCAGUUCAAAUCUCUGUUGAGGUCCCUUUCCCCGCAAGAGGAGUUACAGCACAUCCCUGUGACAGAGGUAGAGGAAGCUGAUGGGAAGCAACUGGCAGAAAUUCUUACCAACCGCUGCCCCAGCCACUGGGUAGAGAUGGUGACCAUCCAGGUCUUUGACAAGAUGAACCGAACAGAUCUGUCUGAGAGAGCAAAGGAUGAGCUCAUGGGGUUCACCAGGACUCCAGAACCAAAAUGUGCAAACUUGGAAGAAACCCAACAAUGUGCAGAAGGAAAGGAACCAGUUGCACUUACUCAAGUACAGGGAGAAGAUGUCCCAAACCCAGAAGCGGCAAAGGAAGUUUUGGAAGGAGAAAAUCCAGGUAAACAGGAUAAAUACAGAAGCGUUUUGAAAGAGAAGGUCCAGCAAAUCUGGAAGAACUUUUGGCCUGGAGCCAGUGAGAACAUUCACAUGGUCACCCAAAGAUAUGAGACACAGAUUCCAUUCUGUAAUCCUAAAAUGCUCGGAGGGCCAUUUCCGCACACGGUGGUGCUGCACGGUCCGGCGGGCGUGGGGAAGACCACUCUGGCCAAGAAGUGCAUGCUGGACUGGACGCAGGACAGCCUAGCGCAGACCCGCCCCGUUGCCUUCUGUCUCAGCGGCAAGGUGCUCAGCCGCAAGGGGACUUGCUCCUUCGCAGAGCUGCUGGCCGAGAGCGCCCCAGACCUGCAGCACGCCCUUCCGCAGGUCCUGGCCCAGGCGCACAAGCUCCUGCUGGUCAUUGACGCUUUCGAGGAGCUGCGCGUACCCUGGGGCACGGGCGUGCUGGCGCACGACCUGGGGGGCGACUGGAGGACGCGGAGGCCUGCGCAGGUCCUCCUGGGCAGCCUGCUGAAGAGAAAGCUCUUCCCCACGGCCAAUCUGCUGGUCACCACGCGGCCCGAGGCCCUGAGGGAACUGCGGCUCCUGGUGCAGCAGCCGCUCUUGGUGGAGAUGGAGGGGCUCUCCGAGCGCGACAGGAGGGUGUAUUUCCUGCGACACUUGGGAGAGGAGGCUCAGGCGCUGCGCGCUUUCCAGCUGAUGAGAAGCAACGCGGCGCUGUUCCGCAUGGGCGCGGCGCCCGCUGUGUGCUGGAUGGCGUGCACCUGCCUGAGGCUGCAGAUGGCCGAGGGCGCGGACCCCCGGCCCACCUGCCAGACCGCCACGUCCCUGCUGCUGCACUUCCUCUGCAGCCGGUUUGCGCCUGCGCGGGGCCAAGGCCCGGGUCUGCACCUCGCGGCUGCCCUGCAAGCCCUGUGCCUGCUGGCCGCCGAGGGCACAUGGGCGCAGACCUCAGCGUUCGAUGGACUCGACCUGCGCAGGCUGGGCGUGCACGAGUCUGACCUGCGCCCUUUCCUGGACCGGGGCAUCCUCCAGAAGGACAGAGACACUGGGGGCUGCUACCGCUUCAUCCACCUGAGCGUCCAGCACUUCCUGGCUGCUGCGCUCUGCGUCCUGGGGAGCGAGGGCCGCCAAGAUGCAGGGAACCCCGUCUGGCACGCUGGGGGUGUGCAGAGGCUGCUCUCCAAGGAAGAAGGCCUCAAGAAUCCCCACCUGGCCCCCGUGGGGCGCUUCCUGUUCGGCCUCGCCAAUGAAAAGAGGGCCAGGGAGCUGGGGACCACCUUUGGCUGCCCGGUGUCCACUGAGUUCAAGCGGGAGCUACUGGAAUCCACAGUGCGGUCCCCUGAACACAGACCCUUCUCCUCGGUGACAGACACGAAGGAGACCUUGUAUUGUCUCUACGAAUCCCAGGAGGAGCAGCUUGUGAAGGAGGCCAUGGCCCAGGUCACAGAAGUGUCCCUGCAUUUGGAAGAUACCUCGGACCUGGUGCACGCAUCGUUCUGCCUCAAGCAUUGUGACCGCUUGCAGAAAAUGUGGCUGCGGGUGGCAAAGGGGACGUUCCUGGAGAACGAUACCGCAUGGGGAUCAGAGGCUCAGGCUGAUGGGUUCCGGAAUGAUCAGUAUGUUCUUCCUUUCUGGAUGGAUCUUCUUUCUGUGUUUGACUCAAACAAGAGUCUGGUGUUUCUAGACAUCAGUCAGAGCUUCCUCAGUACCUCAUCCGUGAAGCUGCUUUGUGAAAAAAUAGACUCCGCUCCCCAUAAUCUUCAGAAAGUAGUCCUCAAAAAUACUUUCCCAGCGGACACCUAUCGGAACUUCUGUGUCGUUUUUUGUGGUCAUGAGACUCUCACGCAUCUGACCCUUCAAGGAAAUGACCAGAGUGAUAUGCUGCCCGUAUUGUGUGAGAUCCUGACACACCCACGGUGUAACCUGCAAUACCUCAGGUUGGUGUCUUGUUCGGCCGUCCCCCAGCAGUGGGCCCAUCUCUCCUGCUCCCUCAGGAUCAGCCAGUCCCUCACAUGCCUAAACCUCACAGGAAUUGAGCUCCUGGAAGAGAGCGCCAAGUUGUUGUGCACGAGUCUGAGACACCCAAAGUGCUUCCUGCAGAGGCUGUCGUGA